GCUUACAUUGUUCCGCAUUGUGGUGUCCAAAUCUAGCUUUUGUGGUUAUCACGUGCAAGGUGCAAAUAAUCAAAACUUUAUUUAUUGUGGUUCUAGUUACAUAAAGUAUUUAUUAUUUGAAAGUUCUUUUACUGUGGAGUGAAUACGUUAAAUUAAAAUAGUUGAAAACUGCUCCAGAAAGUUGGUUUGGAUUGAAAUAGUGUCUUGAUCGAGAACUGGAAAUGGCUGAAAUCACUUCUGACGUGUUCGAUAUUUUUCAUCCAACUCCAGUUCCUCUGAAAGACUUAUCAGCGAUCGUCAUUAGCCUCGAAAUAUGGCGUUGCGAAAUAAAUAAAUACCGUUCGAGCAACACAUUGAAAGAAUUUCGUCCAUCUGGUGAACUUAUCUCAUUGAAAACUAUACUCAUUCCUGAUUUACCGUCUGCGAUUUAUUCUACGAUUGAAAAAUAUUUUGAAAGAUUUAGACUUUCACUGAGUAACUGGCUAUCGACACAUCAUCUAACAUUAUUUAGUCUUCGUUUCGACAAUGUAAACUGUAUUUUGAAAAACUUCGAAGAUUUUGUAUGCGAUUACGACGGAACCAUUGAUUACGAGAAGACUGCCGAACGUCUUAUGCAGUGUGAUCAAAUCGAAGAGCAUCAAAAGUUCAUGUUUGCUUGUAUGUAUUGUUUCAAAGACGAUAUCGUACGAAUUUGGCCUGCUCUUGGAUUGAAAAGAACGGACUCGACGUAUGUAAACUAUUCUAUAAAAUCACAUUUCCAAUACUGGUGUUCUUUUCUCGAAAGAGUUUCCACGGAGGUCGAUCCAGCUAUCGAAGGAGUGAUAUUUCGUGACUUCAUGCCUUGCUGUAGGCGAUCUUCGGAAUAUUUUUGGAAUCGUAUACCAUCGGAAAAUCGUGUCCGAGAAACUUUCCGCCUUUUUAAAGACGAUUUGCAAUCUUUUGUUCGGUACAUUUUACCGAAAUUGGAACGUUUGCAGCUCGAUGAAUUUCUGAAUGCGAAAGCUUAUGAACUGAUGUACGGCCUGUUGAGGAGUUCUUAUUGCGCCGAAGAGUUUGUUUUAAGAACUUGGUCAGUUUAUGUUAAAAACUCGAUGAGCGAGGUCGCUUUUGUAGAUCUGUUCGUGAAAAUAUUACGACGUGAGGCUGCGAGUUAUUGUAUUACUUCCGGCAAGGAUUGUCGCGAUAUCGACGAUUUUCUUGAUUUAUGCUUCGAAGUAUGGAUCAGUGCUCCGAAAAAUUUGAGACGUUCGGUUGCCAGAGAAAUUGCAUCGAAUGAGCAAUUGCUCAAAGAUACUUGUGUUGAUAUUCAGUUACCACCGCCAUCGAGAGAAUUGAAGAUGUUACUGGCUAUUCUUUCUUAUGCCACGUUUGAAGAAAGGAACGCUUUCUGGCUCAAUUGCUGGCCCGAUUUGAUUAAUAAAAGACGAGGGGAAGAUUUGCAUAAAAUCAUGAAAUUGUGUUUCGAAGACGAAGAUGAGAUAAUUCAAUUCAAGAAAAAUUUUAUGGCUGAUAAUGAAACUGUCCAUCGUUUUUGUGUAUCGUUACUGUGCGAAUUGUGUUUCGACCGAAUGAACGAUUUCGUGAGUUUUAUAUUUCCCGAAUUACAAGCUGCGAGAGAUUUCAAACAGCAAUUACUGCAGGAGGUGUUUUUCGGGUAUCGACAUGAUAUUCGUAAAAUUAUCUCAAAACACGAAGAAUUUAAUCAAUUCAUUAGCGAUGCUUUUAACGACAUCGAUCUAUCGAAGAAUUUCAAAAACGAGUUAGUGUCGUUACCCUAUUUGCAACAGCGUUUAUCAUUCGAUGCUUUACUCGUUCCUACUGAACAACUUAACGGAUUUAUUGAUACGUUUGUUUCGGUGGAACAAAUUCGUCUGCAGAUAAAAAGUGGUAUUCUGGAUUUGUUGAAAGAAAGAGCUAGCGAUACAGUUUAUAAUUCGAAACCGUAUUUCAACUCAGUGCUAUCGUGGUGUUUAGGAAACGACGACGAAGAAGUUAGGAUGUUCAAGCUGAUGCACUUACUCGUACUAUGAUCUAUAGCUCAGUUGGACCUACCUAAAAAGCAGAAGUGUUCGAGUUUUCUCAUGUUUUUUUUUUUUCUGGAAUGAUCUUGUCGAGCAAUAUUUUUACAUUUUAUCACUUAUGGGUGGAAAUUCACUUCGUUAUAAUAAUUACAAGUUGUCAAUUGGUAAUAUACUUUUUCAAUUUUUUUA